AUGUCAACAAUGAUGAGAAUGAACCCCUGGGGUGAAGAAUACUACGAUGACGAUGAGGUUCUAAUCAAUAAUCCAGAAGAUGAUCCCGAGGACGUCUCUGACUAUGACGGACUAGAGAGCAAUGAAGACCUACAGGACAGAAAUUCCAACCAAAACGUAGCAGCACCAACCGGAAAUCUAGCUCGUGGGGCUGUAAGGCUUCCUAGAGAUUCAGCUGAAGAGGAGAACGCACAAGGAGUGCCAUUGGUAGGAGUAAAAAGAGACCCAAAACAUGGAAAUCAAAAAUCACCUUUCUGUCACCAAGAGUCCAAAAAUCCCUCAUCACAAUACACUUCCCCUGUUUUAUAA